CGCAUUAGCCGGCACUCCGCUGCGAGCGAGCAGUCAGCGCAGUGCAGCCAUGCCCGAGCCGGCCAAGUCCGCCCCCGCGCCCAAGAAGGGCUCCAAGAAGGCGGUGACCAAGACGCAGAAGAAAGGUGACAAGAAGCGCAAGAAGAGCCGCAAGGAGAGCUACUCCAUCUACGUGUACAAGGUGCUGAAGCAGGUGCACCCCGACACGGGCAUCUCGUCCAAGGCCAUGGGCAUCAUGAACUCCUUCGUCAACGACAUCUUCGAGCGCAUCGCCGGCGAGGCGUCGCGCCUGGCGCACUACAACAAGCGCUCCACCAUCACGUCGCGGGAGAUCCAGACGGCCGUGCGGCUGCUGCUGCCCGGCGAGCUGGCCAAGCACGCCGUGUCCGAGGGCACCAAGGCUGUCACCAAGUACACCAGCUCCAAGUAGGGCGUCUCGGACCGUCACUCUCAACCCAAAGGCUCUUUUAAGAGCCACCACAUUUUUCAAUUAAAAGGGCUGAAUCUCAGUGCUUUCAGUGGGGGAGGUAUGUAAAUAGUUUAACCCAUUUGCACGUUAAUAAAUCAAGUCUUUUGUAGCAAGUUUCAGUAUAGCUAUUAAACUAGCUAACCUUGCAUGUGCGCGGUAUAUCAACCUGCUCAAAUCCUGUAAUCUGGUUUAAUCUUAAAAGGGACUUGAAAGCGGCAGCAACUUGUCCCAUUGCAAGUCCCGUGGGGAAGGUAAAAUUGUUUAAAUUUUCUCAGGGUUAAAUUCCUUUUUUUUGGAAGACCUAGCAUUCACUUUCAGUGCACUACAGCAGUAAAAUAAAAGGGGUUUUUUUCUGUCUUGGUUUAAUUUUUGCGGCGGCCUUGUAUGUUUUCUGGUUUUUUUUUUUUUAC